UUUAAUAACUUUUUGCUUUUUGUAUCUAUUGGCAUAAAAUUUUGAACCUUGUUUCCCUCUCCCUUUUUGUAGAUAAAGUUGAAAGUUGAAACCAAUGCAAAAAAUUGAAAUCACCAGUCAAGUGUUGAAACUUUAAAUUAAAUUAAACCACUAACAAAACCAUAUCAUUAUUAAAUCGACAAAUUGCAAUUUUAAAGUAUUUAAAAUUACACCUAUUUUUCUCCUGUGACUUGCAUUAUAUUCUCAACCAAUUCACACCAUCACGUCUCUCUCCCUCUCUCUCUCUAGGUUUUGCAUUUCUCUCUCUAGAAAACCUAAGUAGUAAUGCCUGAGGUCGAUCUUCAGACGGCAGACGGCGGAGGCAACGAAUGUAAAAUCGCCUGCGAGACUAUGGCGGAAGGCGGCGGCGCGGAGGGCAACCCGACGAAAAAUGACGUCAUCGUCGACGUGGAGCCGGAUCUCCCACCGGAAUCGUUCUGGCUGUCGAAGGAAGCAGAGUACGACUGGUUCGAUCGUAACGCCGUGUACGAACGGAAGGAGUCCACCAAAGGCAACUCGAAUUCGACAAAUUUGAAUAACCCAGCCGUGAACAACAAUAACUUUAGCUCCAAUUCUCAGCGGCCUUCCGUUAAUUUGAAGUCUAAGGCGUCCAUAAUCGGGUUGCCGAAGACACAGAAAACCACCUUCGUUGAUUCUCAACGGAGGACCUGCAAACCGCCCAAUAUAAGGCUGUUUCCCAAGCGAUCCGAGUCGGUGGCCGGAAAGCGGGCGGUUCCCGUGGCGGAACCGGGAUCCCCCAAGGUUUCGUGUAUGGGGAGAGUCCGGUCCAAGCGCGGCCGCCGCCGGUCUAAUUCGUUGAAGAAAAAGGAAAACCCUAUCGAGAAAUCGAGGAGCGGCGGCGGUGAGAAUAAGCACAAGACCGGCUUCUAUUCUAAGGUAAUGAGCAUGUUCAGGUCAAAUAAAAGUCACCGGAAGCCUUCUCGAUCGGGGAGUAGGAAGGUGGUGGAGGUGACGGAGGAGCCGCCGCCGGCGGUGGGGGUGGUGGCUGAGCCUCAGCGGAAGAGCGUGAGUUUGAGAGUGCGGGAAAUUCCGGUUGGUGGCGGAACGGCGGCCGAGCCUCCCGGUUUGGGAGGGGUGAAUAGGUUCGCAUCGGGUCGGCGGUCGGUUUCCUGGGCCGCCGAGGAUAUAAACCAGGCGAUAUCAGUGGCGAUGGAUUCAGAUCGGCAUGUGGCUGUGGGUCCCAUCAGUAGAAGCUGAUUUGCUGGAGGCGCGUGAAAGUCUUACGUGGUGGUUGGCGGCAGAGUUGUUGAGUGGAAGACGGGGCUCGUUCAAUAGUUACUCUUUUUCAAUUUUACCCUUUUUACCCUUCAUUAUUGUCUCAUAUUUUUGUACUCGAUAAAUGGCAGGACAUUGUAAAUAUAAAACAUAUAUCUUCCGGAUUGAAAUUUUGAAUUUUCUGUUA